AUGGAGAGUAGUAAACCUACGCUCCAUUACAUGCAGAACUCAGGGUCUCAGCAGAGUUUGUGGUUGCUCGAGGAACUAGGUAUAGAAUACAACUUAGUCCUGCAUAAUCGCGAUGGCGGACGAGCCGCGGCAGCUCUCAAAAACACGCACCCCCUUGGAAAGGCGCCACAAUUGGUGACGGGCUCGGGUCGCGUCAUUGCAGAACGAAGCGCAAUCGCGUAUUACCUGAUCGAGACAUACGACAGCGCUGGCCGGUUCAAGGUUCCUGCGCCAGGCAGUGACGGGCACGAUAGUGCCAAUAACGACAGGUUCCGCGAAGAGCAGCUCCUAUCGAUGGGCCAGACGGCACUGAACCAAUUUUUCAGUCUCAAGAGCACACUUGGUGGCAUUGCAUACGCGUCUCCAUUUUUUACACGGCCUAUUAUACUAGGCGUCAAGCUGACGAUCGAGAGAGUAUUUCUUGACGCCGAAAUCGACAAUGUUUUGAAAUUCCUAGAUAGCGAGCUCGAGGGUCGCGAAUAUUUCAACGGUACUACAGAACCAACUAGGCUUGACUUCAUUCUGCAGUGGUUUGUGGAUUUUGGAGUUCAAGCGGCUGACGUCGACCUGAAUAAAUACCCAAGACUGAAGGGAUGGUAUGAUAGGUGUAUGUCACGAGACGCGUGGAAGAGGGCAUUGGAAAAAGGGAAUGGUUAUGAUCUAGGGUUUUGGAGGGAAUGA